AAAUACCCCAACCAUCUUACCAUCUUCCUUGACCCGUUCUAUCAACUACCUAGGUAUCUAAGACACUAGAAUGUCUUUUCCCACUUCCUGACGAAAAUGACGCGCCUCAACCCAAGAUACGGAUUUAUCCUGCCCUUCCUGUUCAUCUUCACAAUCCCCGUCGCCAUCUUCGCAACCAUAACCACGAUAUCUGCCUUCUCGAUCCUGUGCUUCCGAGUCAUCACAGUAUAUCUUGAACUUGCUCUCGCCGUUAUCCCUCACUAUCUUCUCGGUUCAAAUGAUAGCAUCGAACCGGUCCAUUCCAUCGCAAGGGUUCCCGCGCGAAGGAGGAUCCGCAGGGAUAGCUCGAGUAGCGUAUUAUCCGCUGGUUCCAUCACACCAGCUGCGGGUGGCAACAACCUGCGAUUGAACCAAGGCAUGGGCCACGCAAGGGAUUAUGAGGGAGUAGGAGGCUGGCGGCUAGCGCCGCCUGAUGAUGACGAUGCGCUCUGGACAAAGAUCAAUUCCCGGCUGGAGCUUCCGGCGGAUCAUGGCAGGAGACAUCGGAGAUCUUCAACGAUGGGGAGUGUACCGAGCGAUGAAAGGUGGAAGGGGAG